AUGACGGUGGAUGCAUGGAAGAAUUCUGAUUACUUAUGUCGAAAUUAUGUCUUGAAUGGCCUAUCCGAUGCCUUGUACGGAGUGUACUAUGGCACAAAUUCAGCAAAGAAGCUGUGGGAAACUUUGGACCAGAAGUACAAAACUGAAAAUGAUGGAUCCAGAAAGUUUGUUGUAGCCUUUCAAGUUGUUGCAAUGAUUGAGAAACUGCCUCCUAGUUGGGGAGACUUCAGAAAUUAUCUCAAGCACAAGAGAAAGGAAAUGGACAUGGAGGCUCUUAUUGGAAAGUUUCGAAUUGAAGAUGACAAUAGAAUGUCUAAUAGAAGAUUCAUAAGGGCCAGAAUGAAGGCAAAUGUUGUGGAGCAUGGAAGUAGCUCCAAGAACAAGAAGAAACCUAGAAAGAAUUCCAAUGUGGGCCCAAAAGGAGGCAUCUCCAAGAAGGCCAAGUUCCAAGAGAAAUGUUUCAAUUGUGAUAAGAUGGGUCAUACAGCAGCGGAUUGUAGACUGUCGAAGAGAAAGAGGAACAUAGAGACAACGAUGAUGGAGCACAUCACAAGAGAAGUUGAUGAGAUUGACCUAAGCGCUGUUGUCUCACCUAGUGGGUUUUAA